AACCUCUGUGUCUCCAGGGUCGAACUUGAAGGUUGCCCUCCUACGUUAUACGGAGCUACAUGCACAUCGUUAUGUCACUGUAAGGAUAAUGACUGGUGUCACCAGUGGACAGGUGCUUGUAAAACUGGAUGCGAAGAUGGAUAUAUGGGUAAUGGCUGUCAAGACACUUCCUUCGAGAACAUUGCUCUAGGUAGACCAGCAACACAAAGCACUACUUACGGACACAACAAAACCCGCGUAUUCAGCCAUGGAGGUAGUUGUACUCAAAAGAUUGCACCAAUGUUGGCUUCCUACGCUGUAGAUGGGACUCGCGACCCUGAAUAUGAACACCACACAUGUACGAGUACUCACAACGUAACAAACAAUUGGUGGCAAGUUAAACUUGAUAAAGUAUACAACUUAACUGAAAUGAAGAUUUACAACAGAAACACACAAAAAUCGCGAUUUAUGGAUUUUCGUGUUCUCGUGAAUUCAGGAACUAAUGGUUCUUUUGUUACAGCCCAUCAAAGUUCUUCUACUGAACACACUAAAGAUAUCAUCCACAUUCUAUUUGAAAAACCAUUUCUGGGAGACAUUCUCAAAAUCGAAGUUCCCAAAGGCACGCUUUCAUUGUGUGAAGUUGAAAUAAUAAAAUGCAAACAUGGAUACCACGGAAGAAUGUGUACAAAGCAAUGCUCCAUUCCUUGCAUAAAUCAUGACUGUAAUGAUUUCGAUGGCCGCUGUACAAUAGAUUGUCUUGACGGUUAUUCAUGGGACAGCGAUAAAGGGGGUUGCAAAGAGUGUUCUCCUGGAAAGUAUGGUACUCACUGUAAUGAGGAAUGCAACUGUCGAGAUAAGGACGUGUGCGACAGAGUCACUGGAAUAUGCCCACAUGGAUGUCCACCUGGUUUCACGUCAGGCACUUGUAAAGAAGUAUGCCCUAAAGGCACAUUUGGAGAUGAAUGUCAUAAACAGUGUCAUUGUAAUGAUGACAGUUGCAACCCAGCAUAUGGUACUUGUGCUCAUGGAUGUGUUGCUGGAUAUCGGGGUAAAAGCUGUCAAGAAUUCUGCCAAGGAGGCACAUAUGGACUACGUUGCACCAAAAGAUGUAACUGUAUGAAUAAUGACGCCUGCAACCCGAUUCAUGGCGCAUGUCCUAGAGGCUGUGCAAUGGGACGCAUGGGUUCCGACUGUCAGCAAAGGUGUCCUGAGGGAUCGUAUGGUUCUGGCUGUAAAGAGAGAUGCACCUGUCCUUUUCGUUGGAAUUGCGACAGAGUCAAUGGAAAAUGCCCCCAUGGAUGUCCAGCUGGUUACAAGGAUGGCACUUGUAAAAUAGUAUGCCCUAGAGGCACAUAUGGAUAUGACUGUAAGGACACCUGUCAUUGUCGUUACAACGUAUGCAACAAACAAUAUGGUACUUGUAAGUAUGGAUGUGCUGUUGGAUAUCGGGGUAUAACCUGUCAAGCAUUCUGCGCGAGAGGCGAGUAUGGACAAUAUUGCACCAAAACAUGUAGAUGUUCUGGUUCUGACACCUGCAACCCGAUUCAUGGCGCAUGUCCUAGAGGCUGUGCAUCUGGAUACAGGGGUUACGACUGUCAGCAACAUUUACGCAUCUUUUGGCUUGGAAUGGGAAAAGGAGCGGCAGUGCUGUUUAGCAAAGGCCUGCAUUUCGAGGUACGGCAGAUCCUCCUGGGCCCGGAUGUUUCAUUAUUGGCUGUUUCUAUGUUUUCAAGUUAUUGUUGA